ACACCGGAGCCGGAUGUGAGGUACUAUAGAUUUCAGGGCCUCGUUAGAUGUCUGGUUGAUGUAAAAAUGACUGACCACGUGAAGUUGUUUGUGGGGAACCUUCCUUUAGAUGCAACCCAAGAUGAGCUGAAUAAACUUUUUGCUCCUUAUGGAGAGAUCAACACAUGCUCGUUGCUCAGACAGUAUGCUUUUGUUACCCUGAAGGGAGAGGGGGCCGCAGACAGGGCCAUACGGCAUCUCGAUGGCAAAGAGUACAGAGGCAGACCCUUAGUUGUUGAAGAGUCUCGUGCACGCCCACCCAACUCCAUAAAAGUGUUUGUUGGGAACAUUAGUGCAACAUGUUCUGCGGAGGACUUGCAUGGGUUGUUCUCAACCUUUGGAAGAGUUUUAGACUGUGAUAAGGUCAAAGCCAGAUUAUGCUCAAAUGUUGGCUAUGCAUUUGUGCAUAUGGAGAGGAAGGAGGAAGCCCUGGCAGCAAUUGAUGCGCUCAAUGGGACCAUGUUUAAGGGGCGUCCAUUGGCUGUGGAGCUUUCCAAGGCUCAGCCUUUGAUCAAUCAACUCGCAUCAGGAGGUUCAGGAUCCCCUGCAGGUGGCAAAGAGGGUCUUCUUCCUCGACCUCCUCCAUCUCUAGAGCAUCACCAGAGUCAGGCAGCUGUGCUAGCUGCUGCUGCAGCUGCAGCUGCUGGUCUACCCAUACAAGUUCAACAAAGUGUCCACAAUUCAUUUUAUAACACAACAACUUUUGACCCCACCUACGCUGCUCUGAAAGGCAUCACAAGUGCUAAAGGUGCAGAUGGUGUCAUUUAUGGUGCUCUUGCAAGCCAAGUGUAUGGAUCUGUUGCUGACCAGGUGUACCAAGAAAUGGCCAAUCACAAUCCUCCUGUGGCCGUUGAGGAGGGAGAUCCAUCUGCCACACCAGAUCCAACUACACUUUUUGAGGCAGCAAGAGCAAAGUUCUUUCAGGAAGGACAAAAGGUGCUGGCAGAGCAGCAGGCAGGAAGAAAGGCAGCAGCAACAGAAAACGAGCGAGACCGCAGUCCGAUCAGAGGGAAUCGAGCUCCCCUCCUUCCCGACCCUGUUCCAAGUUCCUUUGCUCAAAUGCGGUCCAAACGACGCACCCUACUGCCAACACCACCUGGAGUAACUGAAGAGCCGGCAGAAGCCACCACAACAACUGCUGAAGGCUCAGAUCCUGUUUCAAGGUCUUACACAGAAUACUACCAACAAAUGCAUCAUUACCAGCAAUAUCAGCAAUACCAGGAGCAGUAUCAGUACCUCCAGUAUGCCUACACAAAUCCUCCACCACCACCCCCUCCACCUCCACCGGCUACGACACAGACACAAGCUGCCGCCCCAACCCCUGCGCCCCCAGGGACAUACGCAGCCCCUCCAACUUACGCCACAUCGGAACCCUACGCCGCCCCAGGAACGUACAACUCUUCCGGGAGCUACACCGCCUCGCCAGUGAGCUACAGCGCUUCAUCCGGGAGUUACGAUGCCUCGGCAGGAAGCUACAACACCUCCGCAGGAUAUGACACAUCUGCAAGCUACGGGGCACCAGGAGCAUAUGAUUCAUCUGGAGCUUACCCUGCAGCGGAAAACUACUCCACUUCUACACCGUAUGAGCAGACACCCGCACACGGGCAACCCAUGCCCCAGCGUAAUGAUUACCCUUACAACACGCCAGAACCCCCUUAUCGAUAGUCCCACCCCCACACACUCCUUACACACCUGAUGUGUGUUCUUUCGCAUACGUAUUUACAUAGAGGAAAUUUCAACAGGUUGCAAGGUCAUAAUUUGAAUGUGUUUUAAAGCAUCACUUCCUUUCGGACUUGCCCAAAUAGUUUGCCCAUCGAUCAUCUUUGAGUCGGCGAGGUGUUUAGAUGAGUGGAGGUAAUGGGGCAACGUAAAUUGGAAUAUUGUUCAACAUUGAAAGCUUCUUGGAUGUUGUGGCUCAGCUGGUUUCUUGUUGAAUGUUACCAUGGCUUGGGUCAGAAUUGGGAUU